UCUCAGCUCUCAGCUCUGCGGUCCAAUAUAGCGCAUGCGCACUGCCCCAGGACUCAUACACUCUCAGACCGCAAUAUGGCGAGAAUGCCUGGCAGCGGGCACAACUGCCGUGGUGACGAACGAGACUUCGAGGACGGAGAAGGAGAGAUUCAGGAGAUCCAGAUCACGGUGAACGAGGGUGAGGAGUGUGAGGAUGAAGAAGCCGAGUUGGAGCCCAAGAACUGCGAGAGCGAGGAAGCGGUCCUUAUGCGGAAUAUAGACCAGCAGCGCGGGGGACACGAGCUGCACAUGCUUCUGGACCCCGAUGCUGAUGAGGGAGAGACGACUCAUCUGUCCGUGUCGGAGCGCUCGCGUCUGAGCGAGAACACGCGCUUGGCCACGCGUUACGCGGUGCGGAUCUUCCGCGAGUAUUUGAGCGAGACGGCACAGAGUACGAACUUCGAAAGCAUGGACAAACACGGACUCUGCAGAGUCCUGCGCGCGUUUUACUCGGAGGCGCGCUCCAAGAGCGGCCAGUUGUACAGCAAGUCGUCGCUGAUCAGCAUACGCAGUUCGCUCAACCGUUAUCUAAACGAGCCGCCCUUCUGCCGCACGCUCGACCUGACCAAGGACCCGGAGCUGCGCAGUGCCAACCUGGCGCUUGCUGCUGUCAUCCGCCGCCUGGAGGAACAGGGCGCCGGACCCGUGGUUCAGAAGCAGGCGAUCACGCGCGCCGACCUGCGCAGGCUAUACGCGUCUGCCGCGUUCAGCGCGCGCACCCCAUUCGGACUACUCAACAAAGUGUGGUUCGAGACGUGUAUGUACUUCUGUACGAGGGGCCGAGAGAACCAGCGCGAGCUCGAAGAGGACUCUUUCGGGCUCGCCACGGACGAGGACGGGAGGAGGUUCGUCUACUUCAAAGCGCUCGGGCCGUACCACAAGUCCCGCUCUUCAUCCUGGAGCAGGAAAAGAUCAGACACGGAUGAGGAAAACCUCCCGCGCAUGUACGAAACCGGCACGGAGUUUUGCCCUUAUGCAAGCUUUGUGAAGUACCUGUCAAAGCGCAACCCCGCGUGCAGGGCUUUUUUCCAGCGCCCGCGCGAUCACUGCAGCGAAAACGACACGACGUGGUACGAGAAUAAAGCCGUGGGUAAAAACCUGCUGGGCACGAGGAUGCAGAUGCUCUCUCGCGCAGCUAAGCUCUCCAAAACCUACACCAACCACUGCAUCGGCGCCGUCUCCAUAGCAACGCUCAACAGCGUCGCCGGCAUCGGCUCGAAAUUGGCGCCGCUACAUGUUGCACCGGAAAUGGUCAACGGAAGCCAGCGGCUGCGUCGCGACACCGAGGACUCACCGGACCUCGAGACGCGUAAAAUGUGCAAACGUCAACGAACGGACAUUUAUUCCGCGUACGCGACGUUACCGGAGUCUUCCCCGAAAAGGCUUUGCGUUCGUCCUGGUGUAGAAGGCGCAAACCCUCCGGUACCGAUCAAAGUUAGCGCGGAUUCCGCGGUCCCCGUCGCCCCGCCUGCGCUUGAGCACAAAGGGGAACCUGCACUCGUGCUGUCUGCGCAGGAACAUCGCAGCAGCGUGGCCAUGUUGACUCGGCCUCGUUUGGCACAGUCGCCAUCCUCCCCAGUGGGUACAGCUGGCAUCCCCACACCGGCCCAGCUAACCAAGGCCAACGCACCAGUGCACAUCGAUGUGGGAGGACAGAUGUACACCAGUAGUCUCGCUACGCUCACUAAAUACCCAGAAUCUCGGAUUGGCCGUUUGUUUGAUGGCACAGAGCCCAUAGUGCUAGACAGUCUAAAGCAGCAUUAUUUCAUCGACCGUGAUGGUCAUAUGUUCCGCUACAUCCUCAACUUUCUCAGGACUUCCAAGCUACUCAUCCCAGAUGACUUUAAGGACUACUGUCUGCUGUAUGAGGAAGCACAAUAUUUCCAGCUGCAGCCACUACAGGCAGAGCUUGAACGCUGGCGUUCGGAGCGAGACUCAGGGUGUGUGUCACGGGCAUGCGAAUGUGUGGUGGUGCGUGUGGCUCCCGAGCUGGGCGAAAGGAUCACAUUGAGUGGAGAUAAGGCUCUCAUCGAGGACAUUUUCCCUGAGAUCGGAGAUGUCAUGUGUAAUACAGUCAACGCAGGAUGGAACCAUGACUCCACUCAUAUCAUCCGGUUCCCACUAAAUGGAUACUGCCAUCUCAAUUCUGUACAAGUUCUUGAGCGGCUCCAGCAGAAGGGAUUUGAGAUUGUUGCUUCAUGUGGAGGUGGUGUGGACUCAUCUCAGUUCAGCGAGUAUGUUCUACGGAGAGAGAUCAAGCACGUUCGAAGCGGGGUCCUGACUACAGUCAUUCAAAUUAAACAGGAACCACUGGACUAGUGGAAAAUUAUCUUUUUUUUUUAAAGGACAGGUUACAGCCUUUCAAGUAUAUAUGGUCAUAUGAAAAAAUAAAUACACCCCGUGGAAAUUGUUGGCUUUUUUGACAUAUCUGGACAAGCAAACAUUUGAGCCUCUUUGAAACAGUAUCUAUUAUUGAAGUUGAUAUACUUGAACAAAACCACAAUGAAAAGUAGCUUUUUCAAUAAUUUAUUCAACAGAAAUGUCAAUAGAUGUGAUAAUCUUCUGUGGAAAAAGUAACUACACCCGUGGCCUCAGAAGCUAGUAUUGCCCCCUUUAGCAUUUUGCAUAAUUGUCCACCAGGCUUGCUCGAAUUUUUGACCACUCUUCCAUCCAAUAUUCUUUCAGUUGCAAGAUGUUUGAGGGUUUUCACAAUAUUUCAAUGGGAUUCAAAUCUGGGCUUUGACGAGGCCAUUCCAUAACCCUCCAUUUCUUCUUUUUUAGCCAUUCCUUGGUGGAUUUGCUCAUGUGCUUAGGAACAUUAUCCUGUUGAAAGGUCCACUUUCAGUUCAACUUCAACUUUCAGACAGAUGGCCUCACAUUAUCUUCAAGCACUCUUUGGUAUGAUUCAGAGUGUAUCAACUUUAUAAAUAUGCACUGUUUCAAAGAGGAUAAAAUGUUUGCUAGUCCAAAUAUGUCAAUAAAAGCCAACAACGUCCAUGGGGUGUACUUAUUUUUUCACAUGACUGUACAACGGGUAUAUACAAUAAUCAACUUUUCAGUGUUAAAACGCAAAAAAAAUCAAAUAGAUCUGCCACAUAAGAUUAUACCAAGGCAAAGGUUUGUUUUAAAACUUUUUUACUUGGUUUACCGGAUUCAUGUCCACCAGUAUCAUCAAAAGAAGUCAAAUCAAAAGCAACUCUUAUCCAGGUCUCUGUACUGUUACUAUUCCCAGACAGUUAUCUUAACAGUUUUAUCAGAUUAUGUUAUUACCAGACAUCAUUGCACACAUACAAAAGCACAAAAUAAAGGAAUAUG